AUGACGUAUCUCGCCGGCGCCAUGGCAUUCGCCAUGGCAUGUCAGUUCCGCUUGUCCCUUGCUGCGGGAGAGGCUGCCCUCGAGGCUUGUCCGACCACUGAGACCGGCUUCAACACCACCAGUGGUAUCAACUAUAACAUCUGCACCGGCACAGACUGGGUCGGCAAAUCUGCACAACAGAUCAAAAUGGUGAACACACUUGAAAUGUGUGCUUCACUAUGUGCAGAAGACGGCCUGUGCUUGAAGGCUGUCUACGACAGUAGCGGAAAGGUGUGCCACAUCAAGUCGAACGAUGACGACCUAACCUGGACGGAGAACAAGGACCUCGACACGGUCUACAUUAGUAACGAAUUCCCCGAGACGACGGAUAUUGCAACAUGUCCAUACAACCAAACGACCUAUGAGGCAGAGUCAGGGGAACAGUUCUCGAUCUGCCCCGGCACAGAUCUUCGCGGCAACGACCUGAACGAAAUCAAGGACGUUGAUAAUGCCGUCGACUGCGCCAUGCAAUGCUCAACCGUUAAGGCUUGUGCCAAAGCCGUCUACGAUACCGCGGACCGGGUUUGCCACAUCAAAGGCGCUGAUGAUGAGAACCAGAACACAUUGAUCUGGUACACCAAUAAGAGAUAUGAGGUCAUCCAACGCAAGACUACAUACAACCCAGCUACCAAGGGACAGUGGUCUGACCUCAUCCGCCUCCCAGUCAUCCCUGUUGCCGCCUACAUCGUGCCUGCAUUCCCUGCGCCCGAGCGGAUGCUCUUCUUCUCGUCCUUCAAGGCUUUUGACUUCAGCGGCGCAACAGGGAAGACGCAAUUCGGCGACCUGAACCUUGGCACAGGAGAGGUCUCUCAGCGUGAAGUUGCCAACACACACCAUGACAUGUUCUGCCCUGCCCUCUCGUCGCUGGAGGAUGGCCGCAUGGUCAUCAGCGGAGGUUCCGACGCUGAGGCCGUGAGCAUCUACAACCCAGAGACCAAUGAGUUCACCCGCGCACCCAACAUGACCAUCGCUCGUGGUUAUCAAUCUUCAUGUACGCUCUCUGAUGGUCGCGUAUUUACCAUUGGCGGGUCAUACUCCGGCGGCAGGGGCGGCAAGAACGGCGAGGUCUACGACGCGGACACCAACGAGUGGACCUACCUGCCUGACGCCGCAGUCGAGGAUAUGCUGACUGCCGACGAGGGCGGCAUCUGGAGACAGGACAACCACGGCUGGCUGUUCGGCUGGAAGAACGGCUCCGUCUUCCAGGCGGGCCCCUCCAAGACUCAGCACUGGUACGGCACCGAAGGCAACGGCUCGGUCCUCGAGGCCGGCACCCGCGACGACGACGACGCCAUGUGCGGCAUCUGGGCCAUCUACGAUGCCGUCGCCGGUAAGGUCCUGUCCGCGGUUGGAUCCCCCGACUACACGGACAGCGACGCCAACAACCGCGCGCAUGUGACCACCAUCGGCGAGCCCUGGGAGCCGUCCAAGGUCGAGAGGAUGCCAGACCCGGCCUACCCGCGCGGCUUCGCCAACGCCGCCGUGCUGCCCGACGGCACCGUCCUCGUGACGGGCGGCCAGAAGAGGUCCCUCGUCUUCACGGAUACCGACGGCAUCAUGUAUCCUGAGCUGUUCGACCCGGUCAAGCAGACCUGGACGCAGAUGGCGCGCGAGGCCGUCCCGCGGAACUAUCACUCCAUCUCCAUCCUUCUGCCCGACGCCACCGUCUUCAGUGGCGGCGGUGGUCUCUGCUACUUGGCGUCCAUGACGGCCGACGACUCGAACUGUGACCGCACGGUGGACCACCCUGAUGGCCAGAUCUUCAGCCCGCCGUAUCUGUUCAACGAGGACGGCUCGGCGGCUACCCGGCCUACCAUCGACACCCUGUCCGCGACCAACGCCACCGCGGGUGCCACCCUCAAGAUCGUCGUGCAGAACGAGGAGGUCGCUGAGAACUCGACGCUCGUGCUCAUCCGCCUCGGGUCUGUGACACACUCGAUCAACACCGACCAGCGUCGUGUGCCUCUCGUCGACGUCACCGUCACGGGAACGCAGAUGGCUGGGGACGUCGCUGCGGACGGCAGCCUGACGAACCCGACGCCUGUCGGCACCGAGUACACGGUCGUCCUGCCUGAAGACUAUGGCAUCCUGCUCCCCGGGUUCUACUACCUGUUUGCUGUGUCUGCGAAUGGAGUGCCGAGUGCGGCUAAGACAUUGCAAAUUACUUUGUAA